AUGAAGCGCAAAGCCUCCCUCUCAACGAUUCUCUCUCCCCGAUCCUCAACAUCCUUCUACGACCGCACCGUCUCCCCCAUCCCAUGCUCAAUCGGUGAUGCUAUGGUUAUAGACGACACACCUCAGCACCUUCACAGCCGGACGAGGAAGCGAUUCAGAAACGACCGUCCAGACGAACAGGCUGUCUACGACAACACAUUACGAUGGCUUUUCUCCGCCCAGAGACAAGCAGAGAACCACGGACUCUACCCGGAACCCAUCACUAGUAUCGAUGACAGCCUCGAAAGUCUUGAAGAGGACUCUUCCUUCCAAGAAGACUCUACAACUUCGCUACCAAAACCGGACCCGUCGCAAAAGACGCUGCAUCAUUUCUUCCGUCAUGCGUCUGCGCCUGCUCGCGUGUCCCUGGCAGAAGCCAACGGUAACAAGGCCGCAACAAGUAACAACACAGAUACAAACCCCUCGCUCUCAACAUCUACUCAUAUCAUGUCGUCGCAAGUGCCCAGCUCUUCCUCCACCUCGGUCGGUGACACCUCGUUACCCUCAGCUACCUCUGGUGCUGGCCCUGGUAAUGGAACCGAUACGGUUGAAUGCGAAGACAUCGAUAUGGACAGAGAUACUCAUACAUUCACAGCUAGUGCUACGGCCUUGACUCCGGCAUUCCAGCAGAGGGCGUGGAUGGAUGGCAAAGACCUCACUCAGCCUUCAAGUUGCUACUAUCUUCUCAGCUAG